AUGAGACUCAAAUUAGGGGGAGGAGGCCAGUGUAGCUCUGCUGGCAGGGUUACGGCACAGCUGCUCUUAUCGUUCCUCGCGGUAUCACCGACUCUAGCUUCCGUUGGGGAAGUGACAGACAACCAAGAGACCGUCCUUCAACCGGGGCCGCUGCUUCCACCUAGCACCGCACAACCCAACUCUGGCGAACAUCUAUUCACGUUACGACAUAUUUUCCAUCAUGGCACAUAUCGGCAUCCUCAGCUGCACCGACGCAAGGAUGUCCGCCACUCCGACGGCGCCGAUAACCAGGUCUGGCUGGCAGAGGAGGACGGAUACAAGAGGGAGAGGGUAAUGCCUCUCAAGGCCCAGAGCACACCCCUCAAGAUCGAGCGCAUGGUCGAUCGUCGUCCGUCCGUCGUUGACCCCAUGGUCACCGAAGCUCGUCAGCGCGGCUACGUCAACAUCAUGUCGCCUUCCGACUGGACCACCGACGAGGUCCCCGGGCCCGACGUCACGGACAAGGCCACCGUUAUCAGCCUCGCCAUCAUGGCUGCAAACGCAUACAUAGAAGAGGAGGGCAAGGCAGACUGGGAAGAGGUCGGCAGCGGCUACAACAGAAGCGCUGAUUUUGGAUGGGAAGGCGACGGACUUCGGGGGCAUAUCUGGGCGGACGAGGCGAACUCGACAAUCGUGAUUGGCCUCAAGGGAACUUCUACGGCCAUAUUCGACGGAGAGGGAACCACCACCAACGACAAGGUCAACGACAACCUUUUCUUCAGCUGCUGUUGUGCUCAGCAGGGGCAAUGGACUUGGCAUCAAGUGUGCGACUGCGCCACAUCCACCUACUCAUGCAACAACACCUGCGUCGUGCAAGCGCUCAAAGACGAGCACCGAUAUUACACGGCGGCCAAGGAACUGUACUCCAACGUUACUGAGCUUUUUCCCGACUCCAAUAUUUGGUUGUCGGGACAUUCGCUCGGGGGUGCUGUCAGCUCCCUCCUAGGGCUGACCUAUGGUAUCCCCGUCGUGACCUUUGAGGCCGUGCCAGAGGCACUCGCUGCUAGCAGACUCGGUUUGCCUGUUCCUCCGGGCUACAACCAGAUGCUGCAUCAAGCUCGCCAAGACACGGGCGCUUUCCAUUUCGGCCACACAGCAGACCCCAUCUACAUUGGCACUUGCAACGGCGCUACUGCGACGUGUUCCUUCGCUGGAUAUGCCAUGGAAUCGGCUUGUCAUUCUGGCCUUGAGUGCGUUUACGAUGUUGUGGCCGACAAGGGAUGGAGAGUCGGCAUCGGAACCCACAAGAUCCGAUCCGUGAUCCACGAUGUCAUUAUGAAGUAUGAUACGGUCCCAGAGUGUAAGGCUACACCCGAGUGUCGCGACUGCGCCAACUGGAAAAUGUACGAGAGCAACGGGACCGAAUCAACAACAACGUCCAGGUCCUCAACAACAUCCAAAACGCGCACUCGGACAGCCACCUGCCAGACGCCGGGCUGGUGGGGUUGCUUGGAUGAGACCACAACGACGCCGGUCACGACGACUACGUCUACAUCGACCACGUCAACCUGUAAGACACCCGGAUGGUUCGGGUGCAAGGACGAGACGACCACGACCACUACCACGACCACUUCUUCUUCAUCUACCUCCACAACUUCAACUACAACAACCUGCAAGACGCCUGGAUGGUUCGGGUGCAAGGAUCAGACUACGUCGACCACGAUGCGGCAGAGAUGGGCUAAGGGCCCCAACUUGACAUUUACUAUCUCGAACGACGCGAUGGCUGCGACCGCAAAUGACACGCGCGAUGAGUCUUCAGACUCUGGAAGCGGCAGCGACAGCGAAAAUGACACCCCGACGAUUGCCACCCCAACGACGGUGGAAUGGCUUGCGACCGGUCGAUCAAAGCGGUCUACUGCCGGCAAUCGCAUGAAGUCCAUGCUCGCCAACGAAGAGCCCGACUCGGACCUCGAACUACUCUUCGCCGAAGACGACAACGACGAAGGCUUCACCGAUGUUGACGAUGCCGGUUCCGAUGUGCAGAUGGAUUCGUCGUCCGACGACGAGGAUGAGCAGCAGCAGGGAGACGAUUUGGAGGGAGAAAAGGAGCUCGAGAAACAGGCCCGGGACAAGAAGCUGGCUUCGCGGAAACGUAAGGCCCAGGAAGCUAUUCCCGCCAAGUUCAGAAAGAAGGUUCGCAUCGAACAGACUGCCGCGCCAGCGCCUCGACCGAAGAAGAAGUCCGAACGGACGAGUUGGCUGCCAUCGGCGGCGGACAUGCCCAUCCGCGCCUCGCUCCGUCAGACGACGAUGCUCAGCAAGGAGCAGCUGCACCAACAGAUGAAGGAACGCGAGGCGAAGCGGCUGAAACAGGCGGCCAUGAUGGAGAAGAAGGCAAAGAAGCUCGAGGCGAUGAAGAAACCGCCCAUGACCCAGGCGGAACGGCUGGCCGAAGCGGCUCUCGUGGAGAAGCGCAACGCAAAGUCGUUGAACAGGUGGGAGGUGGCUGAAAAAGCGCGAGAGGAAGAACGACUUGCGAAGCUCGCCGCGCUCAACAACCGAACGCUCAAGGGCCCUGUGGUUACCUACUGGAGCGGCAUCGGCGAAUGGGAGCAUCAUUUGAAGCAUGUGGGCAGGGUCGCCGAGGAGGAGAAGCCCGUUCGGAAGAAGAGGGAGAAGAAAGAGAAGGUGGACAAGGCGAUGGGCAAGGAGAAGGACCAAAAAGAUGCCAAGGAGGAUGGCCCAGUAUCGAAUGCUUCUGCCCCGACAGCAACAGAGGGGCAAUCGGACGCAAAGCCUGACGCUCCGCCAGCUCCUCCGACAUCAACGGAUGCCGAAAUACUUCAACAGAACGAUACCCCAAAGGCACCACCGCCAUCAACACCCGCCCCGACAGACCCUACACUGAGCACAAAGUUGGAAGAUCGGCUCCCUGUAAUGGCCCCCCCGCCUAUCCCGCCACCGCCAUCGUCGUCGCUCGCCAUGCCCAAACCUGAAGACAAAUCCAGAAUAAUGGCACCGCCAUCAAUACCUCCACCACCGACCUUUGGCCCAUUGCCCAUGGCUCCUCCGCCUAUUCCGCCACUUCCAAAGGCUUCGGCACCUGUAUUGGCCGCGCCUGUGUUGGCAGCUCCAGUGCUCGCACCGCCGGUUCUCGCCCCUCCCUUGGGCGGCAUCCACCUUGCCCAGCACACGACGCAGCCAAAGUCCAAUGUUCUGGCGCCUCCUAAUGCAUGCCAGCACAAGUCUCCCCUCUCCAUGCCGGCGCCUCCUCCGCCUCCGUCUGCAAGACCGCCGCCGCCUCCCUCGCUUGCACCGCUUCAGCCAACACAACCUCUCACCCCGCCCAAACCCUCACCACAACCGGCGGUAGAUCUCUCUCCUCCCGCACCACCUGCGCCGGCAGAGGCGCCUGCGCCUGAGGAGCCUCCUCCGAGCGAGGUCGCUCGUAACGCGUUUAUUCUCCGUAACUUUGACGAAGAGCGUGUCCGUGACAAGACAGUCCAGACCCAGAUUCUUUUUGGACGGCGGAUGGAUCGCCUUGCAAAGCCGGCACCUCGGCCAGUAUGUGUCAUCACUGCCCACCCAGCCCGCUACCGCGAUCCCGAGACGGGUUUGCCGUACUUCAACGCCUAUGCAUACCGCGAAAUCCAACGUCUCCGCCGCGGUGAGUACAAAUGGAGCAGCCUGCUUGGCGCGUGGGUCGGCAGCUGCACAUAUGCCGCUCGCGGGGUGCCAGAGCGAUUCCUGAAAGGAGGUCCGCCAAGGCAGCCAAAGAAGAAGGAAGUGGGAAAGGAGGAGGAGGAAAGAGUUCCAGAGACGACCAAUGGCGCCGUCGGAGAGAAGACCGAGGAACAGGAACCCAAAGCGGCCAAGACAAUACCGCCCGCUGAAGAGGGAGUGGUGGAUCAGCUGACAACGAAGACGGAUGCCGCGACGGUGCCCUCACCGUCACCGUCGGCGGCACAGAAACAGACGCAGCCGCCUACGCAGCCGCCGACGCAGCCGCCGCCGCCAAGCGAGGUUCAGACCCAGGACCAGGGAGCGAAGCCAGCGCUCGCCGAGCCUGCCCCACACCCCGCUGCCGCUUCGGCCGCGACUGCUGUAUGA